CGAGGCUGAAGCUGCCAGGCUGCUGUUACUGCUGCCGCCAAGGAGAAGUCGUCUGCUCAGACUGACAUCUGUUACCAUGAAGCCCUGGGUCUCCCCUUUGCUGCUGGCCUGGAUUAGUUUUCUACACUGCACAUGGGCCGAGUUCUUCACCUCAAUUGGGCAGAUGACAGACUUGAUUUAUGCAGAGAAAGACCUGGUUCAAUCUCUGAAAGAAUAUAUCAGAGCAGAAGAAGCCAGACUCUUCAAGAUUAAAAGCUGGGCUGAAAAAAUGGAUAUUCUGACAAGCAAAUCAGCUUCUGAUCCUGAAGGCUACUUGUCUCACCCAGUAAAUGCCUACAAGCUGGUGAAGCGUCUAAACACAGAUUGGCCAGCUCUGGAGAACAUGGUCUUGCAGGAUUCAACCACUGAUUUUAUUGCCAAUUUCACCAUACAGCGCCAGUUAUUCCCCACAGAAGAGGAUGAAACAGGGGCAGCCAUAGCAUUAAUGCGCCUUCAAGACACAUAUAAACUGGAUCCUGACACUAUUUCCAAGGGGGAUCUUCCAGGUACCAAAUACCGGACCACAUUGAAUGCAGAUGACACUUUUGGCAUGGGUAAGAUAGCCUACAAUGGUGGGGACUAUUACCACACAGUCCUGUGGAUGCAGCAGGCGCUGAAACAGCACGACGCUGGUGAGGAUGCUACCACAUCUAAAGUUGAAAUCUUGGAUUACCUCAGCUAUGCUGUCUUUCAGCUUGGAGACAUUCACAGGGCUGUGGAACUCACCCGACGUUUGAUUUCUCUUGACCCUAAUCAUGAAAGAGCUGGGGGGAAUCUGCGGUACUUUGAGAAGCUAAUAGAGGAAGAAAGGCUAGGAAAGACGUUAAAUAAGACUUCAGAGACUGAACCAGCAACACAGGGAGUCAUCUAUCAGAGGCCUUCAGACUACCUGCCUGAAAGAGAAGUCUAUGAGGCCCUCUGUCGAGGGGAAGGCAUUAAACUGACACCUCGGAGAAGGAAGAGACUUUUCUGUAGAUACCACGAUAGCAAUAAGACACCCCAACUGCUGAUUGCACCCUUUAAGGAGGAAGACGAGUGGGAUAGCCCACACAUUGUGAGAUACUACGAUGUCUUGUCAGAUGAGGAGAUUGAGAAGAUAAAGGAAAUUGCCAAGCCUAAACUGUCAAGAGCCACAGUUCGUGACCCAAAGACAGGCCUCCUCACUGUGGUCGGCUAUAGGAUUUCCAAAAGUUCAUGGCUAAAUGAAGAUGAUGACCCGAUCAUUGCCCAAGUGAACAGACGAAUGCAGUACAUCACAGGAUUAUCCACAAAGACAGCUGAGUUGCUACAGGUUUCUAAUUAUGGAAUGGGAGGACAGUAUGAGCCACACUUUGACUUCUCCAGGCGGCCUUUUGACAGCGGCCUGAAAACGGAGGGGAAUAGGUUAGCGACAUUUCUAAACUAUAUGAGUGAUGUUGAAGCUGGUGGGGCUACAGUAUUUCCAGACUUUGGGGCAGCAAUUUGGCCCAAAAAGGGCACAUCAGUAUUCUGGUAUAAUCUCUUCCGCAGUGGGGAGUGUGACUACCGGACAAGACAUGCAGCCUGUCCAGUGCUUGUUGGCAGUAAAUGGGUUUCCAAUAAAUGGUUCCAUGAGCGGGGGCAGGAGUUCUUGAGACGAUGUGGAUCAACAGAAGUCGACUGACCUCCCUUCCUUCUCCAGCUCCCCCAGUGCUCUUUCAAUGCCUUUCCCUACCCUUCUAGAUCAAUCAGCCCAUUGGCCGAGGCCGCACAGAAUUGUCCCCGCCAAUCUCUCAAGGAGUGGCCACUUGUGAGCAAAGUGAAGGUAGAAUGGGGAGGGAAGGCAGGGUGGGUCACUGUAGCCCCACUAACAUCCACACAGUGACCUCCACUCACCCCUCCCUGCUAGUCUCUGGCAUGUCCACUUGUGGUGCAGAAUGUGUGGUUUCCAAGCCAGUUUAUCUGGUUGUGUGAUAUUUCCCAGAUGUUUUUGAUAUUCGAUAUUUCCUCAAACCAAAGUUUUAAAACAUCGUGUGUUCAUUUAAUUUUAUUGUGUUCCUAUGGCUUGCGGAAUUUACCUGGAAAAUAAAUAUUUCUAGACAAAGGGCA